ACACACGGCAGCCGCGGCGCGCGACGAUGGCGGCUGUUUCUCUGACGGCCCGGGACGUAAGAGCUGACAGUUGUCGCUGAGCUGCUGGCUUGCUUGCUUUGGAGAAGAGCGCGUUACGCUCGGCAGCGGCUUUACCCGAGGCGUUUCGGGCUGGUGGAUACACGGCCUCGUUCUGUCUGUGCGCGCACGCUUUCUGCCCGGUGGGGCGUCGUCGUCUCCUGUUACGGACCUGUCACAGUGUUUCCUGCUCAUAGUUACUGGAAAGGAAAUGUUCAACUGCUGGAUUUGGAUAUUUAUCUUGCUCUGUAGAAGCUCUAUAGCAGAUGAAAACUCUACCAGAGAUGCUGACAUUUUUCCUUCUUCUCCUGAAAUUGAAAGAGGAUCCACCCUGAAACUAUUCUGUGUACUUGGAAAACACUACACACCUCACAGGAACGCAAGCCACAUCAUCUGGAAAUUGAAUCGUGAAUUAAUUGCUCAGGAAAACUACAAUAUUAUCAAUGAGACUGUAUCUAGUAUAACUAUCUAUAAUUUCACUCACAACAAAGCACAUGUGAAAUGCUUCAUUAAGUAUUUAGGAAAAGAACAACUUCUGGUUCACACUGAAGUUAAAUCUGGCUUUCCACCAGGCACACCAAGAAAUAUUUCCUGCAUUUACGAUGUUGAUAUUAAGCUUACCUGUAACUGGACUUCAGGAAGAGAAACAAAUCUUGCAACAAGUUAUACUCUUUACAGAAAAAUUAUGAAAAUACACGGUCCAAUUAUGCAGGAGCCGAAGAUCUCCACCUGUCAAAGCAAUACUGAAUCAUGUUCAUUUCAUUACCCAAAUAUUCCGUUUGGUGAUAACCUUUGUUUUCAAGUGAAAGCUGAAAAUGUUUUGGGCAAAGCCUCAUCAGAUUGUGUUCCUAUAAACAUGGAAGAAAUAGAGAGAUUUCAACCUCCUGAAAUACUUUCAUUAAAAAAAUAUGCUGGUAUAAAGAAGUUGCUUACAGUAACCUGGAAAAUACCUGAGAAAAGUACACGUUUACUGGAUGUAAAAUGCCAGAUUCGAUACAGAAACUUGUAUUCAAACUCAUCGGAAAUUGACACUGUUAUGGUGGCUUCUGGAGAAGAGAUAUCAACAUAUAAUCUCACGGGUCUGUGGGACUGCACAGAGUAUUUAGUUGCCAUUCGGUGCAUCAGUGUUGAAUCAAAACUCUGGAGUGAAUGGUGUAAAGAGGAAGCAGCAAGCACAGAGGAGAAAGCUCCCUCAGAAAAAGUGGAUUUGUGGAGAGUGAUUGCGUCUUCAUCCCCAGCUGGGAACAGAUCUGUGUAUCUUAUGUGGAAGCUGUUAAGCAACUGUCCACCCCAUGGGAGAAUUCUAGGCUACAAAAUACAGCAUUUUCCAGAAAAUAAUACUGCACUUCAAAUGACAAACUUCACUUCUGAUAAGAAAAUUACUUUACUUUUAAAUGAAGAGGCAUAUAUAAUAUCUGUUACUGCCUAUAAUUCUGCUGGAAAUUCUCCUGCAGCUAUUUUGAGGAUUCCAUCCACUGAUGAAAAAUCUUCUCAAAUUAUUGAAGCGGUGAGAACCUUUACAACAGAGGAAGAAAUGAUUCUGGAAUGGACAGUCUCUAAACCAGAAGUAACUGAGUAUGUAGUUGAGUGGUAUGAGGAAAUGGAGACAGAUCCUUUUAGUAGAUCAUGGCAGUAUAUAUCAAAUUCUACAAAGUGGAAAACUAACAAAAAAAACUUUAAAUUAUUUGUAUGCUACAACAUGUCAGUGUAUCCUAUCUAUGAAAAUAAAGUAGCAGCUCCAUAUUCCAUACAAACUUAUGUUCAAGAAAAAGAGCCAUCAGAAGGCCCUGUGGCUGAUACGGGUUUUCCAGGCAAAAAUGAAGUUACAAUAAAAUGGAAUGAGAUUUCAAAGGAUAAAAGAAAUGGCUUUAUUAGUAACUACACAAUAUUUUAUAAACCUGAAGGUGGAAAAGAGUUGAAUGAAACAGUGAACUCUGAUGUGCUACAGUACACACUGAAGUCUUUACAGGCUAAUACACAAUACACUGUCUAUAUCAUGGCAAGCAACAGAGCUGGUGGAACCAGUGGAGAGCCAAAAACAUUCAAGACUUUGAAAUUCAAUAAAGAAGACGUUAUUUUCAUUGCAAUACCAGUUGGAUUAAGCAUGUUGUUUCUGUUAGGCCUUUGGAUAACGUGCAUUAUGAAAAAACACCUGUUUAAAAAGGUUUGCUGGCCUGAUGUACCCAAUCCUGCAGAGAGCGUUGCAGUGCAGUGGCCUCUUGAUGCAUCUAUGAAUAAUUCAUUUUCAAAGGGGGUGGCAUGCGAGGAUAAAACCAGAGGCCUGGAAAACAUAAGUAUUUUGGAAGACUGUUUUCCUGAAGUAGAACAUGAAGGAUCACUACUAAUGAAUCGUGAAAAACGCAUUUCUGGAAGUACUGACAUUAAUACAAAUGAGGCACAGAAUAUCUCUGAAUACAAAAUAACUCUGCUAAAUAGUGAUAAAAAGAUACACGAUAAUGAAGAACAGGAAGUUGCUAAGCACCUUUCACCAUCCAUGCCUUAUAUAAUCACUGAUCAAGAUUUCAGAAGUCAAAUACAUUCAACUUUGAUACCGGCCAAGAAACUUCAACCUAUCAAAAUGCUGGAAGAUGACUUAUCUGAUUCGCAACAGAUCUCAAUUAAAAAUGAAGAAAAUGAUAAUGAAGAAGUUUUAAGCAGAGAAGAUUUCAGUGAAAAAAGCCUGUUCAAUCCAUACCUUAGAAAUUCUGUUAAAACAAGAGAAUUUCUUGUUUCUGAGAACUUGUCAGAACACAGCAAGAAUGAACCCAAAAGCCAGGCAACUGUUUUACCUGGACAUCGACAAAAUGUUGUAGGACAAUCCUAUAUAACAUUGGACAUGGUUGGGCUGGCAACAGCUCAUUAGCAGGGGAAAUAAUUCCUUGUGAGGUCCCAAUCUGGUAGCACUGCUUUUAAAUUUUCCUGUGUUUCCAGGAUGAGUGUGGUUACUUUGGAUGAAAUUACCCUAUUCCUUUGAACAGCUGUGAAGUAAUGAAUGUACUGUGCUUAUUCCUGUGAAGCUUCACUUUCAGAGUUGUGGGGGAUUUUUUAUUUUUUAAUUUUUUAUCUUUUUAAGCCAAAGAAAUGUGUCAGUGGUAAGGCAAAGGAUGUAGCUUUUCUUCAUUCUUCAUUUUGGUUUUCCCUGUGAGAACAUCAAGCAAUACAAGCAGCCUGCUGCUUUCCCCUUUGGCAACCAAUUCAGAUAGAUGAGCACUGCUGGGGCAAUGUGCACUAACUUGAACAGAGCCAACAUCUGCCAAAUAUUUCCUUAAGUUACAUGAAGUAGAAAAUUUUUGCUAUUUUUUCCCAUGCUUAUUUUGUAUCUAGUUUUAUGUGUACUGAUUUCCUGUCUCGCAGACAGCUGGUAAUCAUCUUUGUGCAUCCUGACUCUUGAAUCAGCAGUUUGGCUCAUAGUUGCCAUAUUUUUAAUGAGAGGAUAUGUUAUGUACAUGUUAUUGACCUAUCUGCAUUUUGGAAGAGGGAGGUUUGUGUUGGCUUCUUGCUUCCUUCCCUUUCUCUCAUUUUCAGUCGUUCUCUGUAUUUUGUACUCCUUCAGCACUGCUUUUUUUAGCUGUUUACUGCAAGAUAUCUUCUUAUCUUCUUGCUGCUGUGCCUUUAACUUCUCCUUGUUCAAAACUGUUUUUCUCAAUUGAAGUUCUGGUAUUUUGAACUGGGAAAAAAAAAAAAAAGAAAAAGAAAAAAGAAAGAAAGCUAAAUUAAACAUUCAGUCCUUUAGAAUUAACAUUUAACUCCCUAGAAUUUCAAAUUCUACAAAUGAUAAUCCCCCAGACUUUAACAGAUUAAACUAUUAUACACACAAUUCUCACGCUACAAGACCUAUGAUACUUACAUCUGUUAAAAUCCCCUAAAUAAGAAAAAAAAAACGUACUAUUACUGAAUGCAUGGGAGAGAAGGAGGCAUUCCUGUGGACGCACCUCCACAGAUGGUGUGGUUGCUGCUGAACAGCUGACUUGGACGCACUGGCAAGUGGUCUGCUCUGUCUCCUGCUACUUACUGUUUCUCUUGCCACAGUGUAUAUUUAUUUCAUUACAAAUGCUAUGCUAUCUUUUAAUAUUCCUGAAAAGUGAAUUUGUUAUAAACAGAUCUCUCUUUUUGAGAUAGUUGAUGACUUCUUGAGAUAGAUGUUUCAACUUCUGAUCAUGGAUGGGAACUUUUUCAGAAGAGCUGAAUUUUCCAUCCAAGUUUGGUAUAUCCUUAGCAGAAGUAAACACUUGCCCGUGACAGAGCCUUAAUCUGAGUACAGUGUAUGUGAGGGACUCGCAGCUUCUGUUCCUGUGCCUCAGCAAUGGGUUCAUGUCACCUUUGCACAGUCACUUCAACAAUCCUGUUCUGCAGCUUCCAUUUGUGUAUUCCAUUUUUUUUUUUUUUUUUGCACAGUAAUCCUGUAGGCUUUGUGUUCGUAUGCAGCUUUAAGAUUUAACAGCAUAAGAUGUGUUCUAGAUACAACCCACCCUGUUGAUGCUAGUUAUCUCUCAGGGCAGGCAGGAAGGACCUGAGACCUUACCACCACUUGAAACUUGAUCCCAUUACAGGCUUCUUCUGUAGGUACAACUUAUCUGAAAUUACUUGCAUGGAUGUUUGUUUAUUUUUUUCCCUUUAUUAUGUCCCUAAUGGUUAUAACCCUUUCAGACUUUGCAGGAAGAUACAGAGAGAUACCGCACUUUUUGCAUGCAUGCCUGUUUUUACUGAAUAAGCUUGUAUAAGAACACUGAAGCAUCCUUGUGGUGUUUACAACAAAAUUAUAUAGGCAGUGGACAGCAUAUUAGUUCAUAUCUGUGUGCAGUACAGUUUUCUGAUAUGUUGAAUGUUCAGGAAUAAGGAAAGCUCAGAUAUUACAGUCACAGUUUGCUUCCUUGGAGUCUGUAACAAGCAGAAUAUCUUGGGAUACAGACUUUCAGGAAGAGACAAUGAGCUGGCCUCAUUGCUGUUGCAAGCUAGUACAGCUUCAGCAUAAAAGAUGCAAUUACACAGAUAUGCCGUCUAUGAAACUAUAUCAGUUCCUCUGAGAAACUGUACAAUGAAUUGCUUUUGUAUAUAUGAAUACAUGCAUGCUUGUCUGAGGCCACAUACAGGGAACUAUCACAAUUAAUCUAUUCUUUGUGCAGCAAAACUUGUACCUGUUUGUAUAAUUUAUAUUGCUGACGUCCAUUGUUCAUCAGAGUGGAUGAGAUUGCAAGCUGGGAUCUUCUAUUCUAAAAUACAUGUGGAGUCUUGCCUAAAGGCCCACAAGAUCCCAGCCUUUGACCUGAAAUACUAAUCUGUGUAUUUACUGUAUUUGUUGCUCUGCUGUUCUUUGUUGUUCAGUUGUGGCUUCUUGAUUCAACAUGUGCCUUGAUUUGAGCACGUGGUGCUGGAGGGAGGACGACUGUACCUAGUCCAAGGCUGUCUUCCCCACCUCUGUCAGUACCUCUGCACUUCCCAUGUGGGAAGGCGGUGGGCUUGUUCCCUUCUCUGCUGAGUGCAAACCAACAUUUCAGCAGUAUUGGAUGGUUGAGAAGCUUGAGGCACAGGCAGACUGAGGUCCUGAAUUACAGUGACAGUAUAGAUGUUAUCUUCCAGUGCUCCCAUCAUACAGAUUAUUACUAAGGUCAGUAGUAAGAUAAUCCCUUUAAAUGCUUGGUGAUUGCAGCUGUGACAGGGAAAGCGAGACUCGUGGGUAAGCUAAGCAGACCUUUGCAAAUAAGGAUCUUAGGGCGGUGAUGUUUGGCUGUGUUGGGUAUAUUUCAAGGUGGUGCUCUAAAAGGCUUGGAGGAACACAUGCUGGGGAUCAUGCGGUCUGCAGCUUGCACCAUGGUGCGUGCAAGCAUGUUGUGGUCAUGAGAGAGAGGUUUCAGCUGGUACCUUUUGCUGUUACCAAAUCGUUUGUUCUUACAUGGCCAAUGAUUAGAAAUAUCACAAGAGAAGAUAAUGAGCCAAACCUGAAACUCUAAUUCAAAGAAAUCUGAGAUUUUAAUUUUGAAAUCUCCCUUGACAGAUUUGAGCAAUAGGGCUUCGUUUUGACAGCCACAGGGUUUCAAGCAUUAGGUUGUAACAUUUUAACCUUGCCAGCCAAGAUAUCAAAAUACAAAAUACUAAAGAUUGAAUAUCCUAAUGUUUUUAUAACAAGCAAUCCUGGCGGUCGCAUGCACAAAACAAUGUCUUAACAGCAAAUGUCAUGCUUGUUAUUGUGAGAGGUAAUCUGUGAAGAUUUAUUUGAUAGCUUUAUGCUUUGCUAGCAGCUAUUCUGAAAUACUCAGCUAAGAUAUCCUGCCAAAUGUUACUUAACGUAUAACACAUACAGCUUAUAUAACAUGUGCAUGAUUUGAGAUUGUGUAAAAUUGAUUUUGAACAUGCUGAAACGUGUAAUGGAUUCUGGGUGGCUCUGCUGGGUGACUCUGGGUUCCAGUUCUCUGCAAAGAGAGCGAAAGGCUCACUUUGCUGCUCUGUGUCAACGUUAAUAGCAGGAAGCAGAGUGCAUCCUCGCGGUGUCUAAGCCUGGAGCCCACAGCUGUAUGGACCGACUGUAAGUUCAGGUAGUUGUUAAUAGCAGUAUUUUUUGCUUCUUAGCAAGAAGGAGUAAACACACAAGAAAGUAUAAAUACAAUGGUUGUAAUAAGUUCUUGUGAUGAGCUUGUCUGAUGGCUAUUCAUCAUGGCCACCGCAUCCUAAAGAUAGAGCGUGCCUAAAGCGGUUGCUUUGUGUGCACUGUUCUGUCCCACAUGCAGAGAACAGCAUUUGUAAAUGGAGCCAACAGAAGAGCAUUCAUUUUGUAAUACUGUUCCUAAUCAUAGGGUCUGACUUUGUGAACGUGUUGUGUGUCCCAGUCUGGUAACUUAGGAACAGGGCUCUGAGUGAGAAACUUCUUUUUUAGCCUUUGUUUUUCCACUUCCUUCACUGUUCUGUUACUUAAAAGAAAUUAUCUUUUUUAGUAUUCGAGAAAAACCCAAUUAUUCUAGUGUAAUUAUUUUCAAAACCUUCCUUAGGACCAUUGUUUGUCCUUUUUCCAUGAGCAAACAAUCAUUUUUGCUGCCAUCUUGCUAUUUAACUUAACUCAAACUAUUUUUGGCUGGUUAUUUUGAAACCAGAACAGAAGAAUGAACAGCGACAAUCUGGAAGUUGGCACAGAUAUUUGAAUAAAAUGUUCUUCCAUGGAAUGAAGUUUUGUUAAUAGCGUAUCAAAACAUGAACUGAAGCAGAUGUGUAUAUGUAUGGUGUAGAUUUAUUCUCUAAAUUGGUUUAAAACAGAACUUGCCAGGGAAGUAAGUGCAGAGGGAUUACUUAGUGCUGUACUUUCCUCAUCCAGUGUCUUUGACUCUCUUCAGCUCUUAAAAGGAUGGCACACUUCUAGGAAGGGUUAUGGGGAUGCAGUCAGUGGAGCAGCCUAGAGGAGCUCAUGGUACACUGGUGCUGUGCCCUGCAGUGCAGGCAGUGCCAAUCCCCUACUCACUGCCCACGGGGCUGCCAGCUGUGGGGCUGAGCUGUGGGAACCCCCCGGCCCAGCGGGAGAAGGAGCUGCGCUGUACUGCGGCAUUUCUUAUUUCCAAAGCACCGCUUUAGUGUUAAUGAGUCACACAGAGCAAUGAGGACAACGCUUUCAAGUUUGAAUGAAGCCACUGGUGUUUUUUGGAAGCCCUUGUCUUGUUCUUCAGGCACUGCUUAGCCCCGGGCUGCUGAGAAAGCCUCUUGAGCCAACUUGUGUAUGUAUCUAGGUUGUCGUGACUGAGUCAACAGAACGGAAGCUUUGCAGCGAGUAUUUCUCAGAAAAGCAGCCUGAGAUUUCCUGGAUCUGCCAUUGCUAUCCUGAGAAUGCCGUGCUCCUUUGCCAAGGAUCAGACAGCAGAAUUUUCCCCAUUAGAUGAGAAACUGUACGCGUGGUGGAUUCUGAUGAAGAAAUACCAUGUUUUGUAACCAUGGGAUUAAUCAGUAGUACUCAGGGAUGCCAGAAACAAAGCUCAUGAGAUUAAAAUCAGGGUUAGUGCUCUGAGUUGUCCACUUGGAAUGUUACUGAAUGGAACCCUUCGGCCUGAAGAAAGGGAGCUGGAGAGGCCCCAGAACUAUGCUACAUCAGAUUCCACCAUAAUGUGACAAAAUCUGGACAAUUCUUCUUAGCCUUUUUUCCUGUGAUGUGAGCGCUGCACACCUCUAGGACAAAUCCGUCGAGUCUGCACGUGGUCUUUUGGGGAUUCAGGCUUUUUUUUUUUUUUUUUUUUAAUUGAAAACAUAUGUUUAAAAAGGCCUCUGAAUACAGGAAUUAACCCUGA